AUGGAAGGCCUGAAAGCCUUCGGAACUGACAUUGGAACCAUCGUUCUUCCCACAUACAAAGCGUACGCCCCAUUGUUGUUAAGAAAUGCAGACGCCAUCCGCUCAACAUCACGCGAGACGCACUCAUACGGCCCCCAUCCCCGUCAACACCUUGACGUGUACACGCCUUCUUCAAAAACGACCGGAGACCUCAAGAACUCGGUCCUGGUGUUCCUUUAUGGCGGCGGGCUUGUCCGAGGAGAGAAGAUCAAUCCCAAUUUCGCCGGAGGACUGGUCUACUACAACCUUGGGCACUUCUUUGCUGAGAAACUCCAGAUUCCAGUGGUCAUAGCUGAUUACCGGUUGAUAUCCCAUGAUGCUGUCUUUCCAUCUGGAGGAGCAGAUUUGGCAAAUGCGAUAAACUGGAUCAGCGCGCAUUUUCAGAAGCACCACCCCGAAGGAGUUGAUCUCUUCGUUAUGGGAAAUUCUGCGGGUGGUAUCCACGUCUCGACGUUCCUGCUUGCACCGGAUUUCGCGCCAAAGCGCAGCCAUAUUAUCAAAUCGUCAGGGACGGGAACAAGACUACGGGGCGCGAUCUUGUUGUCCGUGCCGUUCCACUUCCAGCAGGCUGACGCGAGCAGACAAGAGGUUCUUGCGACGUAUUUCAAGGGCGAUCAUCAGUCACUGUCCCCGUAUGGACUCCUGAAAAGCGCGAUCCAGAACAGCUCCAUUGAGGACCUCAAAGACCUGCCAGUACUUUCAAUCACGGGUUCACUAGACCCGGAGGACGAGAUUCUUGUUCCCAACAAGGAUUUCCAAGAAGAAUGGCAGAAGUCCGAGUUGGUCCGGGAUUGCCUACAAGUGGUCACCAUAGAGGGUCAUAACCAUAUCAGCCCAGUCUUAAGUCUAGGUACUGGAGUGGAAGCCGAGGAGGCUUGGGCUCAGCAUGUUGUAGACUUUGUUAAGAAUUCCAUAUCUGGUCGAAGAUAA